GACAAAUUUAAUGAUUUGGCAUUUUUCUAUAAAUGUUUGUUUAGAGAAUGAAAAAGAGAUAAAUAUGUUGUUUAUUUUAAAAGAAGUUAUAAUACAAUGAAUAUGUAUAUAUACGUAUAAAAGCGCAUACAUUUUUUUUCAUUCACGGGCUAGACCACAAAUAGUAACACUCAACAUUCAACAUGAAUUCAAUGCUACUUUUGUUUUUAAAUUGUGUUGUAGCAGUACUGUCAUUUGACCAGUUUGCUAUUGAUACUGAACAGUGGAAAUCCACCAAUAUUGGCGCAGAACAAUCAUAUUACAAUCAAGUAUAUGAACAAUACUUAAAUUAUUAUAAUUAUUUAUAUCAGCAAAAUAGUAUUUUUAAUAAUCAAAACAAUAAUGUGAACACCAAUCCAACUCCAACAAAUAUUACAAAUACCAUUCCAACAAAUAUUACAAAUACAAUUCCAAUAAAUUUAUUCAAAAUGGAAAAUAGAUCAACAAAUGAAGAAGAGCCAACUGUAACAUCAAAAUUUCUACGAAAAAACAAAAUAUUGCUACCUCAUAUACCUAAUAUAGAGCCAAAGAAACCAUUAAAAACAAAAUUAAGAACUAUUAUAUAUAGAUAUCAAAAUAAAAAUAAAUGAUAUUAUAUAAGUUUAACAUCAUAUUUUAGUAAAAAAUAUAAAUAGCAUCUAAAUAAUAAAUUUAUGUACUUACAUUUU